CCGGGGCGCGCGCUCCCCGGGCGCACAGCAAGCAGCGGUGGCCCAGCGAGCGCAGCUAGGCUUCCCUCUCCGUCGGGGCGAAUGUCCUCCGGGCUGCGGCGGGCGGCCCUGCUGGGAUUCGGCCUGCUCCUCUGCAGAGCGGCUCGAGCGCCGGCCCGCUGCCCGAACCGGCGUUGGCCGCCUUUGCUCGGAGCCAUGCAGAGCGCGGCGGCGUCUGGGGCCGCCGCGCAGGGACUCAAGUACCUCGGCCAGAAGGAAGCUCAAGCCAUAGACCAAGAACUGUUCGAUGAGUACAAAUUCAGCGUCGAUCAGCUGAUGGAGCUGGCUGGGUUGAGCUGCGCCACAGCCAUUGCAAAGGCCUACCCAGUCGGCUCCACCAUUAACCAGCCAACCGUCCUGAUUGUGUGUGGCCCUGGAAACAACGGAGGAGAUGGCCUGGUGUGCGCCCGGCACCUGAAAAUGUUUGGCUAUGAGCCGACACUGUUUUACCCUAAACGCCCCAACAAGCCACUUUUUGAAGGUUUAACCACGCAGUGCAAGAAAAUGGACAUCCCGUUCCUUUCAGAGUUCCCAGCAGAAGCUGCAUUCAUUGACGAGGUCUACAGCCUGGUGGUGGAUGCCAUUUUUGGGUUCAGCUUCCAAGGGGCUGUGCGAGAGCCUUUUGGCACCAUCCUGAGCACUCUGGAGAAGGUCACUGUCCCCAUUGUGAGCAUCGAUAUCCCUUCUGGCUGGGAUGUGGAGAAAGGGAACCCCGAUGGGCUGCAGCCAGACAUGCUGAUCUCUCUCACUGCGCCCAAGAAGGCUGCAAAGCAGUUCUCCGGACGCUACCACUUCCUGGGCGGCAGAUUUGUGCCUGCAGCGCUGCAGAAGAAGUACUCUCUUAACCUCCCGGAGUACCCAGAGACAGACUGCGUCCUACGGCUCUCCUAGCCACUGCACCCUAAGCUGGGGAGACAUCUGGAUCAGAGGAGGAAUUGAAAUUAGGUUGGGUUACGGCUCAGUGGUUCAUUAUUUGGAGU